AUGGCGCGCUUCUCCAGAAGUGGACGACUGGCACGGAUGAAAGGUCUGCUCCGAGGGAGAACUUGACGCGCAGCAGGGGGAAUUUGUGCUGCUAUGUGCCGCUUCGUUCGAACCGAGGCUCGGACUCACUGAACGCGGCUCUGCGUCCACAACAAUCGGCGCGUCCAUCGUCCUGCGCGGGGCGGGGCUCUGCUGUAGAACGCGCACUCCAGAUAACGCCUUGUCUCCAUGGUAACAGACCUCGGGCAGACACAGGAAAACAUCGGGUCCAACUUACCCGACACUGGACUGUACUGAAGAACACACUAACAUGUCUGGAAAACUCUUUUUGGAUGGUUUGUACUCUUUGGGGAUGACAUACAAAGAAACUUUCUAUUCUCUCUAAAUGGUUAUUUAUUCAAAAGUUUGCUCUCCUUGAUCAUCAUGUCAGGGAUUUAUUGGCCAAUCAAGCUUCUUAAACUGGGCAUCACCAGUCCCGUGCUGGCCUGAAAGCGGUCCCAAACCAGCACCAGAAUGCACCAGCUGUUCGGCCAGGUGCUUGGCCAGAGGGAUCUGUCCAGAGCAGGGGACCUGUUUUCUCUGGAGGACACAGAGAUCGAAGCCUGUCUGUCUCAGGCCCUGGACCAGAUCAAGGCCAUCUCCUGCUCACAGGACUAUUUGACCAACGACAAUGACCAGGCAGUGGUGGAGAUUUGCAUAACGCGCAUCACCACGGCCAUUAGGGAGACGGGCUCCAUCGAGCGGCACAGCACGGCGCUGGUGGGGCUGUGGGAGUCGUGUCUUGAGCACAACCUCACGCCGCAAGGUGACAACACAGAGGACACGCCGCAUACCAAGAUAGCCUCGGACAUCACCAGCUGUAUCCUGCAGAACUACAGUUGUCCCUCGGUCAUGGUGCUGGCCGUCCCCGUGGCGGUUCGAUUCCUGCAGAGCGGGAACAGGGAGCUGAGCAGGAACAUGUCCAGCUAUCUCUCCCUGGCCGCUAUCGCCAAGGCUGAUCUGCUGGCUGAACACACGAAGGCCAUAACGCUAAGUGUGCUCGGAGGUAACCACAUGCUGUUAAGAGUGUUGCCCUCGGUCUACCCCAGACAACCAGACACCAUCCACUGUCAGCUAGGCAACCUCACUGCGAUGAUGUCACAGCUGGAGUCCCCGGAGCAACAACACCUAAUCCGACUUAUUCAAAUCGUUGCCGAGCAACAUCCACUGAUGUUGAGCCCCCAAGUGCCCGCACUAGUCAGUUACCUAGGAGACCAAUCCCUAACUGAGGCCCUACUUGGCUCGCUGGUGGACGUGUCACAGGCCAGCCCUUCUUCGCUGGUCAGCUUUCUGCCAACGCUGAGGAUUCUGGGACAACAAUGCCCCGCUCUCUUGGGUAAAGUGGCCAAAAUCCAUGGUGCCGUGGGUAUCAUCAGUGAGACUCAUGCUCUCGGCGCCAUGGUCUACCUGGUGUCCUGUCUGGGCAGCAUGGAGCACAGCUUUCACCACACGCUGCUGCUGGAGACCAGGGCUCUCACCGACCGCUACCCGUCUUUACUGGGGGGCUGCGGCAAAGACAUCUACCGCAUGAGCAACUCGUUCAGCGCGAUAUCCCGAAUGCUAGGGCAACGGCUGGAGGAGAGCACGGCCACGCGCGGCAGGGGGAGUGAGGCGUGCCCGGCGUCUCCUCGUGCAUCUCUUACGGGGGGAGGGUUGGGGUCAGAGCAGCGGCUGCAGGUGAAGAUCCAGGCCUUUGAGGAGAAAAUGGGCGAGGAGAGGAGAGAAGAGGACGAGCUGGAGGAGGACUUUCCCGCCCCCCAACGGCGCCACAGCCUGAGCCAAGCCGUCAGGGAGGAGAGACGAGAAAUGAGAUUCAACAGGUCAAAGAGCCUGGCCCUCCACGCCGCGCGCUCGCGCUCCAUCAACUCGGACGCGGGGGACGACGGUGACGCCUCGGAGCCGAGCCCCGACAGCAACUGCUCCAACGCGUCGGCCCAGUCGCAGAACCGGGGAGCAGCACCUGUAGAGAGGAGGCUGCAGGGCGACGGCUCGAUGCCCGUCACAGCGGUCACAGAGGCUGAGGAAGGUCAAAGCAGGGAGGAGGAGGAGGAGGAGGAGGAUCACGAAGACGCUGACAGACUCUUCAUCCAUUUAAGAGACAAUAUAGAGACGGUCAGAGCGUUCUGUCGGGACACGGCGCAGCAGAUCCCCGUGCCAGAGCAGUGUGCAAUAGAAGAUUCAAAUCGAGGAUGCGUGGCCAAGCUGUCGUUCUCCUGUCCCCUCAAGGGCCACUACUGUCUGUACGCCAAGUCCUGCUUCAACCUGAUCAGCCGGCAGCCUCAACUCUGGAUCCGCAUCAUGCUGCUGCAUCUCCAGAGUAAAUCCAGCGUCGCUUUGUGCUCAAAGGAUGAGUGUGUCCAGAGGCUGGCCACGCUCUGGGAGAAGACUCAGCUCAAAGGAGCUCACAGCUUCCCAGUGGCUAUGACACAGAACACCACCCCGCACAGGAAGGACCUAAACAGUCUCCAGAUUCAGCUGAAGGAGGUGCGUUUUUUUGACCUGUUUGGCUACAGUGAGGAAGAGGAGGGUUGGCUUUGCUUCAUGUGCAACAAUCCCGAGAAGGCCACAGUGGUGAACCAGGAGGGGCAGCCUCUGAUGGAGGGGAAGCUGAAGGAGAAGCAGGUCCGCUGGAAGUUCAUCAAGCGCUGGAAAACCCGUUACUUCACGCUGGCAGGAAACCAGCUCCUCUUCCGCAGAGGCAAAUCAAAAGAUGAGCUGGAUGACAUCCCGAUUGAGCUGAGCAAAGUGCAGAGUGUCAAGGUGGUGGCCAAGAAGCGCCGUGAUCGGGGCCUGCCCCGGGCCUUUGAGAUCUUCACAGACAGUAAGACGUAUGUGCUGAAGGCCCAGGAUGAGAAACAUGCCGAGGAGUGGCUGCAGUGCAUCAACGUGGCCGUGGCUCAGGCCAGAGAGAGGGAGAACAGGGAGGCCACCACCUACCUGUAGAGUACGCUGACGAGGACACGCACCACACGUGUUGGUAAUACAAGCCGUGCAUACAAAUUCAUACCCCUACAGAUAUGCAAACACGGAGUAAGAUUUAGUUUUUGCUGGAGACAAAAACGUCCACUGCCAGUACCACAACGUUCUAUUUGUAAUGGGUGGUGUACUCAAAAUUCAAAACAUAAUGAAAACAUUUUUUCAUGCACUGCUAGAGAAAUAAAGUAUUCAAUUAAAACCAAACUGAAUCAUUCAGCAUCUCUGGAAACUUGGGAUUUGUGAGUUUAAUGGUGCACAAGGAUUGAGAUGCAUUUAGUAGCCAGAAUAGUAUUUAACAAUAAAGACAUCCAGCACAGACCUCAUCAGGACUGUGAGCAAUAAUGAAACUAAACAGUCUCCUUGAAAGCAGGAAUUGUGAGAAAGAGGAGCUGUGUAGUCAGUUCUGUUCUUUCCCAUUAUAUUUUUGACCUUGUAUUUUUAUCUUUUAAUCAUAAAACCUUUUUCUGCAUGACAUUUUCCAACUAAAUAUUUUUUUCCUAUGACAUUGUUUGAUCUAAAAUAUUUUCCAAAACAUUCGACAUAUUUAAUUUUUUACUUUUUAUUCCAUUACGUUUUUUGACAAAAUAUAUUUUCCUUUUUCCUUAAAAGCACUGCAGGGCUUAAGUACAGCCACCCACACACACACACCUAAAGAUGAACGUCCCGGUCUCUUGAUCCUAAAUCAUUGGUCUCAUGGAAAGCAAUUAAUUGGCUGUCAGAUUCUAUCGUGCAGAUAUUCUUCACAACUGCAAUGGAUCAUGUAAACCGGUCUUUUAUCUCACAGCAGGCCUCCCUCAGGGAAGGGUCAAUCUCAGCUUUCUUUGAAUGAAAUACUUUGGGAGGCAGCUGUGUGAAUAAACUGGAUACUGUAUCAUCUUCCCAUCAGUUUUCCUCCUGUUAUUUUCACUACUUUAAUCAAUCUUUAGAGUUGGGAGGAUGGAGACAAUACUCCAAUACCAACCGUCACAAACUAUACGUGAAGAUGCUACAUUUGAUGAAUGUAUAGAAACAUUUAACAUUGUGUAAAGAUUUGUGGGCUUUAAACUGUUGAAUUCCAUUUAAUUGUACAUUUGAUUUUUCAUAAGUUUAAUAUUUAUUUUUUACACAUGCUGUUGGAAAACCUCAAUGUCUAAAAAUGCUACUUUAUCAGUGAAUGUUGCUUUCAGUCUUCCUUCCUUUUUUUUUUACUAUAAUCUAAUACUGCAAAUAAAUGCUGUAUUUGAGUCAGUAACCGGAUAUAAAGUAUUGUAUAUUUGCUUGUUGCACCGUUUGCAUGUCUGACACUGACUUCUUUUUUCCAAUAAAUCUUUUAUAGUUCCUGGGUUUG